AUGGCAAACAACGGUGUUACAGUGGAUGUUGCUGCACCAACCCGAAUUGUUGUACCACAAGCAGAGAAACCGGGUAAAUUUGGUGAAGAUGCUGUAGAUUUAAGCAAUAACGAAUAUUUGAACAAUUAUUACGUUGUAGCGGUGGAGUUUGACACGCUGCAGAAACGUGAGUUUGAUGAUAUUGACAGCACUCAUGUUGGCAUUGACAUCAAUGGCCUAAAGUCUGUAAUAGCCAAGUCGGCUGGUUAUUAUACCAGUAAUGAGAAAUCCUUCAAUAACUUAACUCUUGCUAGUGGUCAGCAAAUGCAAGUUUGGGUGGAAUAUGAUUAUGUGGAUAAGCAUAUGAAUGUCACAAUGGCUCCAAUGCACAUUGCAAAACCAGACCGGCCUCUCCUGUCCUUAGUCUACGAUCUUUCAUCUGUCACCGAUGAAAACGUGUCAAUUGGCUUCUCAGCAUCAGGACUGGUCUAUCUUCAUGAAGAGUGGGAUUAA